GGGGCGUGGUCUGGGUGCGCGCCGGCGCUCUCUGCUGACGCCGUGUUCCUGCGUGUCGGAAGCGGCCCCUCCCUGUGGCGGCGGCAGCGGCUGGCGGAGUCUCGUGUCCCAAGCGCCCUGUCCGGCCCCUCCCCCCCAGCGCCGCCCUCCCCUCGCUCUCUCUCUCCCCGCUGGCUGACAGGCCCCGGAAGCGGCCUGAGAGACCUAGAGAGCGGGUGAAGCCAAUGACUGGCUGCUCAGGAGAGAAGCCGGGGCCGCUCAACACUCACACCGGGGCUCACACGGAGCCCACACCGACCAGCACCCGGGGCUCACCGAACUGGAACUAGGGCCACACCGGCUGCAGCCUCUGGAGGGCAGGAAACUAACUGAAUUGAGCCAAAGAACACCUACCUCAACCUCAUGUGCCUCUCUCAAGGGCCCCUCUAGCUGCACCCCGAGAACCACCAGACACAGGGGCUCACUGUACCUGGGACAAAGCAGGCUGUCUGUACUGAGCUCCAUAGCACCUGGGACAAAGCAGGCUGUCUGUACUGAGCUCCAUAGCACCUGGGACAAAGCAGGCUGUCUGUACUGAGCUCCAUAGCACCUGGGACAAAGCAGGCUGUCUGUACUGAGCUCCAUAGCACCUGGGACAAAGCAGGCUGUCUGUACUGAGCUCCAUAGCACCUGGGACAAAGCAGGCUGUCUGUACUGAGCUCCAUAGCACCUGGGACAAAGCAGGCUGUCUGUACUGAGCUCCAUAGCACCUGGGACAAAGCAGGCUGUCUGUACUGAGCUCCAUAGCACCUGGGACAAAGCAGGCUGUCUGUACUGAGCUCCAUAGCACCUGGGACAAAGCAGGCUGUCUGUACUGAGCUCCAUAGCACCUGGGACAAAGCAGGCUGUCUGUACUGAGCUCCAUAGCACCUGGGACAAAGCAGGCUGUCUGUACUGAGCUCCAUAGCACCUGGGACAAAGCAGCCUCUCAUAUACACCAGCCCAUAGCACCUGAUAGGGAGCUAAGUAUCUAUACAGGUAUCCCCUCUGCAGUCAGGGGAGAGCUACAUCCCUAGAGGAUAUACUGCUAGGAUUAACUUUUCACCCAGCUGCCCUAAAACGGGCCCUCAAUCAGUGCACCACAAAAAGCACCCUACUCAAGGACAAAGAACUAAAAGUAUAACCAACUGAAGUCUGAAUUGUUCAUGACAUUUAUUCCUCCUCCUUUUCAAUCCCUAAACGUUCGGUUUACAGUACCCAUAUAGAUUCAGGGUACAUUCCUUGAGAGGAUUUCUUUCACUCACAAGGAAGCACUUCUUCAACCUAUACUGGAGCAUUGGACCUAAGGACACCCCUUUGUAUUUCUUAUUUCUAGAAACUGAAUUUAAUGCACCACCAUGGGCAAGGUACUUUCCAAGAUAUUUGGCAACAAGGAAAUGAGGAUCUUGAUGCUCGGUCUUGAUGCUGCUGGGAAGACCACCAUCCUGUAUAAACUAAAAUUGGGACAGUCUGUCACAACUAUACCAACUGUAGGUUUCAAUGUAGAGACAGUGACUUACAAAAAUGUAAAGUUCAACGUGUGGGAUGUGGGGGGCCAGGACAAGAUUCGACCCCUCUGGCGGCACUACUAUACUGGCACACAAGGCCUUAUAUUUGUGGUGGACUGUGCGGACAGAGACCGUAUUGAUGAGGCUAGGCAAGAGCUCCAUCGCAUUAUCAAUGACAGGGAGAUGAGGGACGCCAUCAUCCUAAUAUUUGCCAAUAAACAAGACCUCCCUGAUGCCAUGAAACCCCAUGAAAUCCAGGAGAAACUUGGUCUGACACGAAUCAGGGAUAGAAAUUGGUAUGUGCAGCCAUCCUGUGCAACCAGCGGGGAUGGGCUCUAUGAAGGACUUACAUGGCUAACCUCCAACUACAAAUCUUAAUGACUAAUAGAGGUCCCGCAGGCAAUUUAAGCUAUUACUUCUCAGAAGAUAUUAAAUAGGGGGAGAGGAAGAGAAGUAAUGACAUCGGAUUAACAUGAUCUGAAUGAUCACCUCUUUAAAUUACAAGGAGAUAUGGGCUGGAAUACUUUAAAAAUAUCUAUAUGAAAAUAUAUUAUUUUUUGCUUUGCUGUAGGAUCUAAUUUCCCAAAUUUCCAGACGUAUAAAUGAAGCGACUAUGAAAUUGAAAUUACCGAACCAUUCUUUAUCUUUAGGCUCAAACAAAAUGGUUUGGUUUGAGGGAUACAUGCUUAGUUUCCAGUUCUGCUUUUUUCCUCUUAAACUUUGUUUGCAUAUGUUGUAUUUCUGCCUUUUUUUUUUUUUUUGCAUUCAUACAGGGUAUGUUGCUAGAUCUAUUUCAACUAGUAAACUUAAAAAUUAUAUUCUUUCAAAAUCACCCUGCAGUUUGUCAUUUAUGCAAAAACUGGUGUUUUUGUUUAGCAUUUAUCAGACUUAUUAGAAAUCUUCGUAUUAAUUUAAUUAACUUACAAUUAAGUUGAUUAACUGUAUUGCAUCCCAUCUGCCAUAAUCGAAGUCUGAAUUAUUGAAAUUCUCAUACAUAAGCCAUGCAUGAAUAGACUUAAUUCAAAUUAUCCUGAUUAAUGUUACAAAGCAAUGGUGAAAUAGGUGUGUGGCAUUUUGAGGAUCAUACAGUGAUCAGAAAAUUUUGUCAAAUCUGUCAUUUGUUUUGGCCUGCCCGUUCGUGUACAUAGAAGAGGGCUCUGUUAAUAUGUAGCAAUACUUAAAAUUAUGCAAAGAUCAUCACAUUGGAAGAAAUUAAUUCUGUAAAGCACAACUUUGUAAUUCAUUGCAAAGCUUAUUUGACUCUUAGUAAUCUUAUCUGCCUGAUUCUGUGUUAAAAAGGUACAUUGCUCCAAAAAGCGUCUUCAAAUAUAUGCGUUUAUAAAUAAAAAAAAAAAAAAUUACAUUAUUUCUGUAACUCCUUAUUGUAAAGUAUAGUUCUUUAAAAUGGUAAAAAUUAUAUGGUUUUGGGAAGAUCAAUCGAUCUGCUUUGCAACCAUUGACUGUCAUUUAUAACUGCAGAUUUGUCCUCUAAUUUGUUUCUGUUCCUACCUUUACAGCCAGUGGUUUCUUGCACUGUAUCCACUGAAAU